AUGAAGGUGCUGGACUACCUCAUGGAGGUGAAGCAGGGCAUUUUGGCGGACGCAGUGGCGAGGGAGCUGAAGUUCUUCGCGAGCCUUGCGAAGAAGACCAAGGAGAAGGAGAAGCGAAAGAGGCGCCCUUCCACGGUCUUCUCGAGCAAAGCCUCGGCGGAGGACAUCGACGCGAUGCUUCAGGCGACGCUGGAGCUGCUCGACAGGUGGGGCCGCCACUUCGAGGCGAACCCCGGCCACGGGGGCGGCGCGCAGAUCGCGGCCGCCCGAAAGGACCUCAUGAAGGAGCAGGUGCGUUUCCCAGAUCCCCGGGACUACCGCCACCUCACGCUGACCCCAGCCUCCGCCACUGCCAGCGCCUUCAACAUGCGGCCGGCCUCGGCCACCGCCGGGGAGAGGCCCGAGAUGUCGGAGGCGCAGCUGCAGGCUGCGCUGCAGGGCUUGCAGGAGGCCACCGCCCGCUUCGGCGCCGAGGCGCCGGAGGCGGCGGAGGCCAAGGCGACGUUUGAGUCCACCUUGGCGUCCUGGCAGCGCGCCGCCGAGGAGGCCGUGGAGCGGAACGACUUCGAGGCCUUCGAGCGGCUCUCCGAGGUGUCCCACCGCUACGCAGAGAUGCAGAGCCGCAUCGACUCGCCGCCUCCGUCCGUGUCCACGGAGGCAUCCCACAGCCGUGCCGCGAGUCCCCCGGACUCCGACGUGGCGGAGCUGUCUUCAGAGCGCCGCCGCAGGCGCCGCAAGACCCAGGAGAAGGGCGCCUUUGAGCAGAGCUCCUUCGGAGGCGACUGGGCGGCGCCGUCGGCUCAGCCGCCGCCGCCGGGCGCGGGCGUGGGCGCAGGCGUGGGCGCGGGCGUGGGCGCGGGCGCGGGCGCUAUGGACCCAGAGCAGGCCAGGGCCACGUACCGCUCAGGCGCCUUUGGCGGCAGCUUCGGCCUCAAUUCCUUUGCUGGAUUUGGUGGGAACGUGGGCAGCGGGGAGUUCGGGGCCGGCUUCGGUGGUGGCCCCGGUGUCCCCGUUGACUUCAGUGCCGCCAGCGAUGGCUUUGGGGCCACGGGCGGCGAGGGCAUGGGCGCAGCGGAUGGCUUGGGUGGCAUGGAAGGCAUGGGAGGCAUGGGCGGCAUGGGUACCAUGGGCGGUGUCGGAGACUUCAACGCCGGCGAUGCGUUCGGCUUUCCUGCACAUCCUUCAGGUGCAUCCAGCGAGGUGCCCAGUGAGGGCACCCCAGCCUUCGGCACCAGCUUCGGCGGACUGGGCUCAGCCACGGACGAGGCUCCCCCUGGCGAGCCGCAAAGCUCGGGCUCGGACAUGGAAAUGAUGCGCCAGCUCUGCGGCAAGCUUUCCGCCGAGAUCCAGCAGCUCAAAGCUCAGCAGCCGGAGGAGUCGGAGCGUUUGCAGGCCGCCACACGAAGGAUCAAGGAGUUGGAAGCGCAGGGCGGAUCGGGCAAAGACCUCACGAUCACCGCCCUGAGGGAGAGCAACAUGCAGCUGCAGUCCGAGCUGGACGCGCGUUGUGCGGACCUGGCAAACAUGCGGAAGCGAGCGCAGGAGGCGGAGCGCCGGCUUGCAGAGAAGGACGAGGUCUUCUCGGAGACCUGCCAGCGGCUGCUGGACGCGCAGCAGCGGGUGGCGCAGCUGGAGGAGGACCUGGCGGCCCAAGCCGAGGUGGAGAAGUCCCUGCAGCAGCGCCUGGAAGGAGCGCGGGAGCAGCAAACUGCCAAGGAGGUUGAGUUGAGGCAGGUGCGCCACGCUCUGAGCUCUGCCGCCGGGUGGUCCACAGACACGGUGCGGAGGAGAGCAACGUGCCCUAUGGCUCCACCUCCAUCCUGGCCCGCGUGA